AUUUAGAUUUUUUUCAAUUGCCACUGUUUUAUUUUGCGAGUUUAUGCGAUUUUCGUGCGAUUGUUGUGCGGUUUUCUAUGCUGAAUAUGGCUCUGCUAUUUUCUGCGAUUUUAUGCGACAUAUUUGCGAUAUUUGUGCGACUUUCAUAUGCUGUUUUAUGCUUUGUACCAACCUGAUCUUUUCUGCGAUUUUAUGCGACGUGUGUGCGAUAUUUGUGCGAUAAUUAAUAUUUUUUUUCGUUUUUUUUUUUCUGAUGGUUGUUCUUCAAAUUUUGUAUUCUAGGAAUUGGGAGGUGGACUAUUGGAAGAGCAAUUGUGAGGGUGAGGUCCCCACGGUGGAAAUGGGGUUGGAUGAGGUCGAAGAAACGCAAGUCGGGGCGCAAGAUUCGACCGCAUUCCAGACCCAAGCCGAACGGGUGGCGGAUUAUGUGAAAAGGUCCAAAAUUAUUCCACCAUCCCCACCCAAAGAAGCACCAGACGCCUCCACAUCUGCCACUGUGCCCCCAACGCCUGCCACUGUGCCCCCAAGCUCUGCUCCAGCCAAUGACUCUGACUACCUCUUGUUGGCUAAGAGGUUGGAGAAGGUAGAAGCGCAACAACUUGCGAUUCUCACUGCCCAGACUGAGAUGAAGGCUGACUUCAAGAGAAGUCAGAAAGAGAUGAAGAAUCUUAUCAUGGAUCAAAUUGCGACCGUGAUAAGUUUGUUACAGAAGCAGCCUUCGGAGCCGACACAACCAUCAGGGUCGACACAUCAAUCAGGCCCCACACAUCCAUCAGACACGUCAGAGCCAUUACAGACAGUACAUCCAUCACCGCCGACAUAUGAUGAUGAUGAUGAUGUCUACCCAGAAGAUUGGCAACCUGAUGUAUGUGACGUUCCUUCUACUCCUGCAAACGCCAUUGUCAUUUCGCUGGGUGAUACAGAAUCUCAGGAUGUGGAAGAGUUGCAGGGGCCACCAGAUGGGGUGGAGUUCUGUAGGCUUAGGCGAAAGCGCAAGCCGGUUUUCUUGAAUGACUACACAGCUGGGAAGAAGAAACAACGACAUGGGCCCGUGGUAGUAGACACACUGAAACCGGCGGACCCCCGGCUGUUAAAAUUUUUCCAGAAGUGGAUCACUUAUGCUAGGGACAAUGGCCGUCCUAGGGAUGUUCACACUGGCGAAGCCACUAGAUCCUGGUUCGUGAAAUUGAUGGUGCUGAACGAAUGGCUCGACGAUGAUCAAAUUGAUGCCAUGGCGCACUUAUUGAGAAGAAGACGGACCCUGUACCCAGAAGUCUACACUCGAAAAGGUGUAGUUUUGGACACAUCUGCUCCACAGUUCUUUUCCAUGUAUUGGAAUAUGUAUGAGGGUGACAAGAGCAAGAUGAAAUGGGAUGAGGGCGUUAUGAGUUACGUACAGGGGAUACCGCACAGAUACUUGCCAUGUUGGGAGAACCAGGAUUACAUAUACUUUGUGUUGCACCUUCCCAAAGAGCGCCACUGGGUGGCAGUUGAGGUGGAUAUCGACAACUGGGAGAUCAUUGUAUAUGAUUCUGAUAUCGGUGCCACCGUUGAGGCAGCCAUGGAGUCAUAUUUGAAGCCUUACAGCGAGCUAUUUGCGAAUCUAAUUCGAGCUAGCGGUUAUUUUCCAUACAACAAUUAUGUACAUCUGGUGGAGUUGGGCGAUCUCAGUCAGCUCCUACCCCUGCAUUAUAGACGAGCUACCUCUGAGGUUGCACCACAAACGAACAGCAGGUGAAUCUUUUUUUUUUUUGUAUAUUUUGAGUAAUUUAUUUAAUUUUGCACUCCAUUAUGAAUUACUUAACUUAAUUGUUGCUAAUAUUUAGUAUUUUUUUUAGUGGCAAUUGUGGAAUGUAUGCCAUGGAGCACAUUGAGCACUUGAUGCUAGACCGGUCGUUGGAGCAUGUUCAUGAUGAUAACAUGC